AUGUGUUUCCAUUUCUAAAAUUAACCAUAAAUUGAAAAAGAAAUAGAUAUUUAGAUUAAUAAAGAGAUAAAGAAAGUUCUUAGUUCCAAAAGAUCAUUUGAACGAUUAAGUUAAUCAAAGAGAGAAUAUGAAAUAAAUAUAAAUAAAAUUAAUCAAGAGAUUGAUAAUAGGAAAGAGCAAGGGAAAUAUCUGGAAAAAGAGUAAGAAAAUUAGAUAAAGAAAGAGAAGGAUCUUAAUUCAAAUGGAUCAGAUAAAAUAUAUAAUUAUAAAUUGAUUAUUGCAUUUAAUAAAGAGUCAUCAAUUAUGAUUACAACCAAUGAUAAUGAUAGAGAUGUUUAAGAAUUCAAAGAUGGAUAAAGUUAAUUAAUUUAAACACUGAAAGGCCAUGAAUAUGAUGUUGCCGCAUUAUAUUUUAUGAAGAAUUCAAAUUAUUUUAUAUCUUGA